GCAGACUGGCCUGCGUCGUGUGGGAUCCUCGCAACUCGUCCCAAGUCUCGGAAGUCAGGCUGAGGCAGCAAACUGCUUCAACAUUGCUUGGAAUCCACAACUCACCGUUGCCUACAUUGUUCUCAGUCACGAUUAUCACCUGAUAGAAUCGUGCUCAUAGCAUCCAAGAAUCUGUCGGAAGACCGAUAUAUGAGUUGAUUGCCAGUCUCGCCAGUGCAUUAUGAUGGCUCCGCCAAUCGGCAUCUGUGGGAAGCACAAACUCGGGAUGGCGGCCUUGUUCUUCGUUCUCUUUUCCCCCUUAGUCGCUUCCCAAUCAACGAGCUCUGCAUCAUGUGUCGCUAGUCCUGUCUCUGUUCCAAUAACCAAUUUUGCCGUCGCAAACCAACGCAACGGGGCUCUGGCGAGAGGUAUAUCCGUAGGCAUAGGAUCGCCACCGCAGAAUAUCGCCUUCAUGCCUGGCUGGAACAACAACACUUUUGUUUACGACAAAACGAACCUUUGCCAUGCGUCAUGGGCUGAUUAUCCUGACCAGAGUUGCAUCACGGCUCGGGGCGGGGCCUACGAUGUCGUAUCGUCGACGACACACGACCAAGGCGACGGGGCGGCAUUUGCCUCCGAUUCAUCACAGGAUUUGCCGCAGCUGACACAAUACAGCGACCAGUUCAUCUUGAAUAGCCAUGUCCAGCUCUCCAAUUACAACUUUGGCGUGGCCCAGAACAACUCAGGGGAGCAGAUGUACUACCCUAUGGCCACUCUGGGACUGGGCCGGAACUCGACCUUCCUCAGGGGCCUUAAAGAGCAAGGCCUUAUUUCCUCGCUAUCUUGGUCCUUCUUCUGGGGACUGGAAGGUCGCAAUACCCCGCUCAAUGGCAGCAUCGUAUUUGGAGGCUACGACGAGGCUAAGUUGCACGGCACCAACUACACCCGCAAGCUCAAUUAUACCCGUUGCAAAUCGGGGAUGGAUGUCACGGUCUCUGGCAUCUCCCUUAAAUUCCUGGACGGCUCGAAAUACCCUAUGCUGGAAUCCAGUCUUCCGGCCUGUAUCGAUCCCACGAGUAUUGGUGUGGGUGAUAUGCCGUACCAGGGCAGUUUCGAGAACUUCGUCUCCAUGACAAAUUGGACUUCGUUUGUGACAAACACUCUAGGAAACACCACCGUUAGGAGCCUGGGUCUGAACUACUACGACCUCAAGUAUCUGAAUGGCGAUUCUCCGUUCGAAGGCAACCUGCUUGUCACCAUCGAGGACGGACCACCCCCCAUCGAAGUUUCAAACAGUGAACUGGUCGUACCCCACGUGGACAUGGACCUAAACACGGGCGCCUGGACGGAAAGCCAGACCGAAAGCGACCUCCUCAUAAACGAGAUACCCUAUAUCACCAACAUGAACCUGAACCGGAACUUCCUGUCCUUCAUGUACAUCAUGGUUAACCUCGACGCCGGCGAGUGGACUAUGUGGACGGCCGAUAACACUGGCCGCGCCGAGCAGCUCGUGGCCGUAGACGAGACCAACCAGGUCGUCAGGAGCAAUUUCUGCUCCCCUUCUAAGUGGUCAUCUUCGCCGUCAUCUUCGCCGUCGGACUCGGACAGCAAAAAGCUCUCGACGGGCUCCAUCAUCGGCAUCGCCAUCGGCGUCGCCGCCGCCGUCGUGCUUAUCGCAACGGUCGCUUUCUUCCUCCUGCGGUCGCGGAGGAACAAGAAGACUCAAGCCGAUCCAGCCCAGACCACGGCCGCGGAAGUCGCGGUGGCCCCAGGUGAGGAGGAGCCCAAGACGUAUAAUAGUGUGAGCAACACCAACACUAUGUACUCGGACCAGGCUAGUACCAUGCAUCAGCAGCCGUACGCAGACUCCAGCCACAUGUCGGGUCAAUCGUAUGAGCUGCCCGGUGCAUUAGCUCAGUGGCCCACUGAACUGGACGGUUCGUCGGGCCACAGAUAACGAAUGAAUGGCGAUAUAUGAAUCGGCAUGGGGGGAAUCGGGAGGACUGCCUAUCACAUAAGCGUUAAUUAUUUAUCUUUCUAAGCAAGUCUGGAAAUCUUGUAUCAAAUACUCCAUGCUUACCUGUUUAUUACCUAGCCCUUUGUUCGGAAUCUGACCCUUGGGAUCGGUCGAGCUACAAUUGAAUCAAGUUGUCUAGCUGCUAGUUUUUCAAUAUUCUUACAGUGUAUUAAUAUAACUGCAAUUAACUUA